UGGACUCGCCUCAGUCGCCUCUGCCUCUGUUCUUUUCUUUCUCUUUAAGUUUGAAUUGAAUCGAGUCUUUCCUUUCCAUCUCUCGAAUGAAUGGUUAGGUGAUGGUGUAACAACAAGAAUAAGACAGCGUUGUUUUGGCAAUAGAAGUUAACUUAGUAACUAUCUGGUUGGAUAUGUAUCAGCCUCAAUACACUAGACCCUCUGGGAGAGGGCGGGGUCUACCACCAGAUUUGAUGUUCCUUGAUAACCAUGCUGACUUUCUAGGAAGACCAAGAAAACAAUAUGUGAAACGUGAUCCAAUCACCAACAACUUCAAACUUCACGUCAGCUCAAUACCAGCAAAUUGGACAUGGAAAACAUUGGUAAACUUAUUUGGCAUGUGUGGUGAACCAUUAAAUGUUUACAUGAAUCCACACACACAACCUAAUGGACUUAAAUGGGGAUUUGUGGAGUUUAUGACAUAUCCGGAGGCCAUUGGAGCUAUUCAAAAACUCAACAACAGUGAAUAUUUAGAUAUACGGGUUGCAUUUGCAAAGGAAAAACCUCAUGAAGAGGAAGUUGACCCUAUACUUCAAUUUCUGGCUAGCCAACCAGAAGAUGGAUUCAAAUCUACUGAGACAUUGGUCGAUCCUCGGAUGCUGAAGAAAUCAGUAAAGGAUAAUGGAUUUUGUUCUGAAGUCCCCAUUGAAGACAUUUUAAAGGAAAUGGUGGAUACAGAUACACUUGGAGAAGUACUAUUUCACAAGAGACUUGAACUUUACAAAGAAAGCAAAGAGGCAGUUUGCAGUGGUUCCAAGUGUAACACUUGUGAGGCUAGCUGUUCUUUAUCCUGCUCAGGCUGCUACACUGUGUAUUAUUGCUCUGAGACAUGUCAGGAAAAAGAUUGGAGUUCCCAUUCACAUCGCUGCCAAGGGGCUGUCUCAAGAACAGUUGAAGAUACAAUGUCUCAGUCUCAAGGAGGUAAUUACAGGCAGGGAAAUGGCUUCGGGUCAUUCGAUAAUAGGGAUAGACAGAAUAAUAGGGACAACAGAUUUGGAGAUAGAAGAACUAAUAGAGAUGAGAACAGGGAUAGCAGUAACCAACAGGGAAAGAAGACUUUGUUCGAAGAACGUAGAAACAAGAUGAUGUCUUCUGGUAGACAGUUUGAUAAUGACAGGGGACCUCAGAAUCGUUCAGGACAGAACAGCCAGAGGUUCUCGAAUGGUCCAGAAAAAAGGACAUCGUUUGUGCCUCAGGUGAAAACUGGCCAAGAUGAAGAUGACUGGGGUUCAACAUCUGAUAAAAAUAAGUUUGCUGGUGCCGAUGACUUUUUUAACAAAGAAGAGGAAAUAUUACUUCAAGAAAUUGCAGUAAAAAAAGAAAUUUUGUCUCCUGAAGCUAAGAAAGAAACCCAACCCAUUGAUGUACAAAAAGGAUUGCAAACCCCAGCAAUAAAGAAAGAAAUAGAAACUAAUUCAGCAGCGUCCAAAGAGGCUACUCCAGCACCAGUAGGCUCCAAGUAUCCUCACAUGCUGGACUCGUCCAAGUUUUCCACCGUAGUGAUUGUAUUGCCUGACAAAAAUGAUACCUUCUAUGUGGCUGAACCAAACUUUGCUUCGACCAUGCAGGAAAUGCUUGAACAUUUCAAGAAAGUCAUUGAUCAAUGUCAAGUGAUAACUCCAACAGUUGGUGCAAAAGGACUGGCUUCAUUUUACAACGAAUGGUACCGGGUGGAGAUUGUCUCAGUGACCCCAACCAUCCAAGCUCAUUACAUUGACUACGGAAAUACAGAAGAAAUAGUACCUAAGGAUUUUAAAAAGUGUCCAGACAGCCAUAAGGAUAUCCCAAAUCUCGUUCAAAAAAUUAAGUUUGCUCAGGGAACUGAUAAGAAGUACUUCGAUCUACCAGAGCUGUCAGAAAUAAGUGUAAAGCCUGUUGAAUUGCUUGCUGAUGGUACAGUCUUGGUGGAAGUAGAAGGUGAAAACUAUACUGAGCAAAAAACUAGUGACGCUGCAUUAAAUCAACCCUCGAUUGCUUUGAUGCCAGGCCUUGAAUCAAAAAGUACACCUGACCCAGCACCUACCCCUGUUCCUACACCUGACUCAGCACCUACGCCUGUAACUACCCCUGUUCCUAGACCUGACCCAGCACCUACCCCUGUUCCUACACCUGACUCAGCACCUACACCUGUUCCUAGACCUGACCCAGCACCUACCCAUGUUCCUACACCUGACUCAGCACCUACGCCUGUGCUCACACCAACCUCCACAUCCGUUAAAUCUGUGCCCUCAUCAGAUGUUUCUCAAGUGACAAAUACAACCACAAGCUUACCUUUGACACAAAACCUCUCCAGGAACUCUGAAAGUACAGUCGCUUUACUCCAAGAAAAAUGGAAAGUUUCAUUUGUUCCAUGUAAAGUAGAUUAUUGGAAGAAGUCACUGAUGGGACAACUAUUCACUGAACACGUCGCUUCAACAUUACAUUUUACUUUAGAGAAUGAUACAUAUCAAAAGUAUCUGUCAUCUCAACAGUUUGAUCCUGACUUCAAGCCAAUUGUGGGUGAGAUAGUGGGCUUGAGGAGCUCCGCAGACUGGGAGCGAGGCAGAGUGUUGCCUACCCCAGGCAUUGUAGAACUGUGUGACGUUGGAGGUGUCGUCCGCUCCUCCCAGCUGUUUAAGCUUCCUGUGGACUAUGUCAACAUUCCUCCUAUGGCAGCUACACUCACUUUGCACAAGGAUGACCCAAAAUUACUUGACAGCAUGUUGGAAGAAGAGGUCAUAAUAUUCCAAGUAGUUAAAGUGAGGAAUGUGAAUGGAUGCAGAGUCGUUGAUGUCACCUGUGGUGACUCGAUAGAAGGAGAGAUGAGGACUUGGGACUAUGAACCGCUGAGCACUCCUGACCCAUUGACUGUUGGAGAGAAAGUCAACAUCAUUAAGAUCAUAGAUUCAAACACUCUGAUAGUUGCACUAGCCAAUGAUCUUGAGUUUCUAAACAUGUAUCAAAUAGACUGUGGGAAAUCAAAUGAAAAGUUUCAAUGUCCUCCAAAAGAAGGUGAUUACGUUUCCUUCUUAGACCCAAAAAGUGAAGGAUAUUUAAGAUGUAAAAUUGAGAAAAUCGAUGGAGCCAAUUACAUACUUGAAGAGGUAGAUAAUAUCAACACAUAUCAGGCAAGACUUGAAGAUCUUCAUCCUCUUCCUGAACAUUAUCGAAAUGUACCAUGUCGAAGAUCACAAAUUGAGUUGAAAGAUGUUGGUAAAGUCAAAGAGACUGAAGGCUCCCAUUCGUAUCUAUUGGACAUUUAUAAAGAAGAGAAAUCCCUCACAGUAAUUGAAAUUGAUAACGGCAAAGUAGUUUUGACUGUUGAAGGGGGAGAAGGCACUUUGAACAGUAAUCUAAAAGAACUUCUGAACCCCCCCGUUGUGCUUAACAAGCAAGGAAAAUUAAAUAUAUUGAGCCUACCUGUAGUCAAGGUUCCACUAGACCAAGAGUUUCAAUUUUCGGUAACACAAACUGAUCCAUUGUAUGUGCAACUGGCAUCCUCGACGCUGGAAUACAUAACCACACUCCACGAAAAACUGCAAGAGCACGGUCAAGCAAAUAACAAACCUUACAACCCUUGUGCAGGAGAGCUCUGUGUUGCUCUAUACUUUGGAGAUUGGUACCGAUGCCGCUGUAUACGAGAGACCUCUCCAGAAACAGGACUGUCAGUGCUCAUGCUGGUGGACUACGGCAACAUCUUUCAAGCAAAGACAAGUGAAAUCCGCCAGAUCCUGCCUGAUAUGGUGACAAUGCCCAGCAUUGCAAUCUCUUGCAAAAUUCAUGGUUUGUCUGAACCCGUUCCAUCCACCUUGAAGGAUAAAUUGAAUGAGCUUCUUCAUGUAGAUUCUGUGCACAGCGGUGUGUUUGUGGCGGAACAAGACGACUGUUAUGAAGUUGUUAUUGAAUCUGUGAAAAAAACCAUGCAAGAUGUGUAGUGAUAAAGAUACACAGUGGCAUCACUGACUUUGGAUUAAGAGUGUUAAAUAAAAGUAUUUUUUAUACCUCGAUACAUAACGUGUUAUAUUUUGUUAACAUUAGUAAUAAGUAAAACGAGUGAUUUUGUUAUGUUUUAUGUAGAGAAAAUAUCUGAUUUUACCUACAGCUAUAAUGUUGAUUUGUUACAACUUUUAUCAAAGUUUUGUCACUGACCUUUUUGAACUAGGUAGUAGGUUUGAAUAGUUUUCAUAUUUAGUAAGAUGCAACUAUCAUUUUAUAUUACUUUUAUUGAGAUGUAACCUUAAAAUCUACACUGGACAAAGUUGAUUUUAUUUCUGUUAAAUGAUCAAGGACUAUGCAAACUCAUCUGCAAUAAUACAUUUCUAUAUAAGUACUGUAAAUGUAAGAUUUGUUAGUAGUAAUUUCAAACCAAUAUAUUUUAUCUUUACUAUGAAUAAAACUUUUCUCUACCA